AUGUUAAACGUAUCUGAAUAUGACAAAAACAAAGUAUUUUCCGUCAAUGACAUCAAUGAGUACGCUCAAUUAAUCUGCUACACACAAAAUCCUGUAUUCGUCAUGUUCAAGUCAGAAAAUCAUGACGCUGAUAUAAGCAACUUCUUUGCUGAAGUAGUUGAGAAACUGGCCGAUGAGACUAAAGAUGUUACCUUUAUCUCUGUCAACUACGUAUAUCGCAAAAGACUUGAAGAGCCUGUGCCUGGCAGUAACUUAAUCUGUGCUUAUGAAAACACGAGGUGGUUGCCUUGCUUCCGUAUCUACCAAAAUGGUCAAAGGAGAGGAAGUCUCUGCCAUUUUAUGGGAAGUAAGCUGGAGUUUGAAAAAAUGGAGCUAGAUACCAAGACACUUGUCGCUGCCGCUAAGAACAUGGUUGGAGAUGAUGAAGCCGCUAUCGAUAAAUAUCCUCUUCUUCUCCCCGAUAAUCCCAAGGAUAGGGAGUCAAAGGAAGGUCUUUUCAUUAUCUAA